ACAUGAGGCAGUGAGGAGAAGGGGCUGUCGCGGCCGGUGUGACGUCAGCUCCCGGCGCUCUCCUCUGACGAUGCCCGGGGCUUGGUUCCGUCUCGCAGCAGCGCAGUGGGAAAGGCAGUGAAGGUGAGAGGGGAGCGCCUGGAAGGAGACAAGGAAGGCGACGCGUGUCAGCGGGGGGAGGAAACUGAAUUGUUCCCAUUGCCAGUGGCUUAUUUUGUUGGUCCCAGCAACUUAGAAAAGCAGAUGCAAAUCAUGCUUGGCCUGUGAACACCCAGCCUGUAUCUUAAAACGCAAUGUCCCUGCUCUUCCCCCACUCCAAGUCCAUUGUCUCCAGCAAGAAGGACAAAAGGCACAUGGCAGAAGUCAAUGCCUCCCCGCUCAAGCACUUUGUCACUGCCAAGAAGAAGAUCAAUGGCAUCUUUGAACAGCUGGCUGCCUACAUCCAGGAGAGUGCAACAUUCCUAGAGGAAACGCACAAGAAUGUGGAGCUGGACCCCGUCACCACGGAGGAGCAAGUGCAGGAGGUCAAAGGCUACCUGUCCAAGGUCAGCGGCAUCAGCGAGGUCCUGGCCCGGCGGCACAUGAAGGUAGCCUUUUUUGGAAGGACGAGCAACGGGAAAAGCACCGUGAUCAACGCCAUGCUGUGGGAUAAGGUCCUCCCCUCCGGCAUUGGGCACACCACAAAUUGCUUCCUGCGCGUGGAGGGGACGGAGGGUCAGGACGCCUUCCUGCUCACCGAGGGAUCUGAGGAGAAGAAGAGCAUCAAGACAGUCAACCAACUUGCUCACGCCCUCCAUCAGGAUGAGGUUCUGACUGCCGGAGGCCUAGUCAGUGUCAUGUGGCCAAACUCAAAGUGCCCGCUCCUGAAAGAUGACCUGGUUUUGAUGGACAGCCCCGGAAUCGACGUAACCACUGAACUAGACAGCUGGAUUGAUAAGUUUUGCUUGGAUGCUGAUGUGUUUGUCUUGGUGGCUAACUCCGAGUCUACGCUGAUGCAAACGGAGAAGCAGUUCUUCCACAAAGUCAAUGCCCGCUUGUCACGGCCCAACAUCUUCAUCUUGAACAACCGUUGGGAUGCCUCGGCCUCUGAACCGGAGUACAUGGAAGAGGUUCAGCGCCAACAUAUGGAACGCUGCACCAGUUUCCUGGUGGACGAGCUGGGGGUGGUGGAUCGUCCCCAGGCUGGGGACCGCAUCUUCUUUGUCUCCGCAAAGGAAGUCUUGAGCGCCCGGAUCCAGAAGGCACAGGGGAUGCCUGAAGGAGGCGGGGCGCUGGCGGAGGGGUUCCAAGUGAGGAUGUUUGAGUUCCAGAAUUUCGAGAGAAGAUUUGAGGAAUGCAUCUCUCAGUCUGCUGUGAAGACGAAAUUUGAACAGCACACGGUCAGAGCCAAGCAGAUCGCGGAAGAGGUCCGCCAGAUCAUGGACUCGGUGCACGUGGCUGCCCAGGAGCAGAGAAUUUACUGCCUGGAGAUGCGAGAGGAUCGCCAGGAACGCCUGGAGUUCAUUGACAAACAGCUGGACCUCCUCACUCACAACUACAAGCUGAAAAUCAAACAGAUCUCGGAGGAAGUGGAGAGGCAGGUGUCCAACGCGAUGGCGGAAGAGAUCAGGCGGCUGUCAGUGUUGGUGGACGAAUUCCAGCUGGAUUUCCACCCGUCUCCUGUAGUUAUAAAAGUUUAUAAGAAUGAAAUGCACCGGCACAUUGAGGAGGGCCUGGGCCGGAACAUGUCAGAUCGCUGCUCCAGUGCCAUCACGACAUCCCUGCAGACCAUGCAGCAGGAAAUGAUCGAUGGCCUAAAGCCCCUCCUGCCAGUCUCCCUGAGGGGCCAGAUAGACAUGCUGGUCCCCCGGCAGUGCUUCACAAUGAGCUACGACCUGAACUGCGACAAGCUCUGUGCCGAUUUCCAGGAGGACAUUGCCUUCCACUUUUCUCUCGGGUGGACGAUGCUUGUGAACCGGUUUCUGGGGCCAAAAAACACCCGGCGGGCCUUGAUGGGCUACAACGACCAGGUUCAGCGUCCUCUGUCUUUGACCCCAGCGAACCCAAGCCUGCCUCCCUUGCCUCAGGGAUCCUUGACCCAGGAAGAGCUGAUGGUCUCUAUGGUCACUGGCCUGGCCUCUCUCACGUCCAGAACGUCAAUGGGCAUCCUUGUGGUUGGCGGAGUGGUCUGGAAGGCGGUGGGCUGGAGGCUUAUUGCUCUUUCUUUCGGCCUCUAUGGGCUCCUCUACGUCUAUGAGCGCCUCACCUGGACGACGAAAGCGAAGGAGCGAGCCUUCAAGCGCCAGUUCGUGGAAUACGCCGGAGAGAAACUCCAACUCAUUGUCAGUUACACGGGCUCUAACUGCAGCCACCAAGUUCAACAAGAGCUUGCCGGAACCUUCGCUCAGCUCUGCCAGCAGGUUGAUGUGACAAGAGAAGACCUGGAGAGAGAAAUCACAGCCCUGAAUCAAAAGAUUGAGAUUUUGGACUCCUUGCAGAGCAAAGCCAAAUUGCUCAGGAAUAAAGCUGGUUGGCUGGACAGUGAGUUGAAUAUGUUCACGCACCAGUACUUGCAGCAGAGCAGAUAAGCGGGAGAAGACGCAGGAGGCCAGCAGCCAUUUCUUCCUGCCCCUUAAACCCGCUUAUGCAAAUAGUUUCGGGCAAUGGGAAACGGUUGUGGAUCCACGGAGAAGCUUGUCGCCACCUGCCUCGCUGUUUCCGCCACGAGGCCGAGAGAAUCCUCCUGGUUGCACAUGAUUUUUCUUUCCUCCAUCCCUCUAGCCUUUUGACACGCUCUUAAUUUUAGGGUCCUUCUUACCCACCACCCCUGCGGAGGUGAUGAGAAGCUAAUAAUUUAGCAGGAGAGAAAUGCUCGUGAUUAUACAGUUAACACGGAGGAAUGAGAGAUCUAAUCUCCCAUUCCUUUUGUUUUCUUUUUUAGAAACAAUGAAAUGUCGAGAUAAGCCUAUACAAAUUCUGUAUUGGCUCCCUUUUUUCCAGUGGGUUUAAAUGGAAAUCGACCCAAAGCUGUUCUUCUCUUCCCCACACCCCCAAAAUUCCUCACCACGUCCAGAACUUCCUGAAUUAAAUGCCCAUGCGUUCCUCAAAAAAGGGUAGCCUUGUAUUCUUCAUGUAAAUAAAGGUGCUGUAUAGGCAGAGCUUUUAAGCAUCCUGUAUGUCUUACUGGUUUCACUGGGACAGAUUUUAGCCCAUAUUGGACUCUUUUCUCUCCUGUUGAAAGCAGAGGGACUUAAUUUCAGCUGGAUCGUGCCCACUGUGUUCAAGAGGCAGUUGUUCAUCCAAGCUAUACCCCAUGCUCUCUCUCUCCUGCUUUAGAAGAGGAUAGUUUGUCAAUAAACAUAUUUAAUAGGAUGGAUGAACACCUGUCUCUCUUGUCUCCUUCUGGAUUAUGCCUCUUUCUCCCUUAGCCCUUGUGGGAGGGUUGGUUUUUUUUAAUUACUCUGCCCCUAAUGCAGCUAGUCCUCAUGGAGUUAGCGGUACUGCUGAAUUAAUUGGAGUGCAGUUCCCUGGCCGAAGAUGUAUGUACGCAGCUGUGCGAUGAGCUGCAGAAUGAGAAAAAAACCUCCCCAUUUGAGAUGAAAUUUUUUGAAUGCAGACCUCAGGAGUCUUUUUGAUGGGCUCCGUUCAGCUUCUGAAAUAACGUGGAUAGGUGGCCAACUGUGUAGUGGAUUUGGAUCCCUUUACAUGCUUUCCAUAAAAUGUUUCAUUGCCCCCACCCAUUUAAAAACACCCCACGCCCCAGUUUGGAUAGCUGGGGAAAAAAAUUCCUUUGUCCUGCAAUAUCUGCAGAAUAAAAUAGGCCACUGUUCCACACAGUUUUCUUGAUGCACUGAAUGUUGUGGUUUUUCCCUUCCACGGAAACAUCCUUUUCGUAGGAGCUUUGAAACAGCUUUCAGGAAACAGCGGUGGGCAGGGAAAGCCAGUAGGAUCACAUGAAGAGUCGUCUGAUGUUGCCUGUGUCUCCCUACCCCAAACAGGUGGUUGUAUCCAGCUGUGCCCUACUCAGAGUAGACCCAAGUUAGCCUGGUCCAUUUCAAAGGGUCUACUCUGAGUAGGACUAGCCUUCGAUUGUAGCCCUAUCUCCCCCAACUUAGCCCACUUGCAGAGGUGUUUGAUUCUCCUUAAAAUCCAAGGCCACCGUCAUCCAAAUUCGGCUGAUAUGACCUGCUGUUUUUGCCUUUUGGUAGUGAAUGCACCACAAGCAACAGAGCAACAACACAAGUUUAGCCAAAUGCACUUUAUUUUUUAAUUGCUGCUAACUCUGAUUACUUCAUAUAUAUUUUUUCUUUCUUUUCUCUCUGUGGUUGAAUACCGGGCUCUCCAGAAAUCCUCUCUGCAGUGUCUUCUAUCUGCUGUUAUUUACUGUGGUAGAUUCUUUUUUGAAAACAAUGUUGAUUUUGGCAUGAAUUUUCUUCCUUGCUGUAUCAAUCCUAUUAAGAUCAGAAACCAAACUAUUAAAAGGAAAACAAAUGAA